AUGGGUGGCGAAGUGGCAGGCAGCAUCAAUAACCGCAGCAGUACCACUGGGGUGGCCAAGGCAGGUGCUGCUGUUGCUGGUCUUGGAGCUGACACUGUGGCUGUUGAAAGAGCACCAGGGAGUGGUGACAGUUUCAGUGGCGCGGGUGGUGUGACGGGAAGGGGUGCUGCCAGUGGCAGUACAGGGUUGAACGGUGAUGGUGGUGGUAACGAUCGUGGGCUGUUCUUCUCAUGGCAGGGACUAGCUGCGCCUGGGGCGGCAGUGAGUGGGGCGGCAGUGAGUGGGGCAGUGUUCAUGCCUGGGUCAGGGUCGAAGCAGCAGGUGCAGGGGGGAGUGGCAGCAGUGCGGGGCGAUAGCAGUAAAGGUGGUAGUGAUGCAGCAGGUGUGGCUGGACCAGGUUGUCUGCGUGUGGAAGCGGGCGAUUGGGGGCAGCAAGGGAGCGGCAGGAGGGGCAGCAGCGGGGUGUGGUCGCCUCAAGGGGCGUAUGAGACGCAGGGGGAUGGCAGCACGGGCAGCACUUGCAGCGGGGGGAGCGGGCGUGGCGGAUUCAGCUGGGGGAGAGGAGGGUUCUCAGUGUGGGAGGAGGAGGAAAUGGGGGUCGAACGGAGAGAAAGGGGAGGAAAUGCGUUGGAAUCACAGAAAGAGGAGACACCUGCGGCAGCACCAGGAACUGGCACCGCGGGACCAAUAAACACCCUGGUGGGUGACGGGGUAGUGGAUACCAGACAGGGCCGUGUGGGCGAUGUAGGUGUAGCGCCGGCAGGAGCUGUGGUGGGCGGGGGGCGUAGGUGUGAGGAUAGCAAGAGGGAGGGCGGAGAUGGGGAUGCUUCUUCACUACAGUAUGGGUGUAGUGAGAGUGGUGCUGUUGGUCCUGCAGGGUGGAUGAGUGGUGGUGCAGGUGCAGGUGGGCAGGCUGGGAGUGGGAAGGGAGGGGAAAAGGGAGGGGGAGAGGUGGGGGUGGGGGUUCCAGGAGCAGUUAGGACGUCUGCAGAUGCAGCCAAAGGGUUGAAAUCAGCAGCGGUUGGAGCAGCAGCAGUGGGAGGAGCAGCAGUGCUUGGUGCAUGUGAUCCUGAUGGGGGAAAUGGAGCAAUCCCGGGCAGGGAGGGCAACAGGAGCGAACUUGGCGUGUCGAGCCCCAGCAUCACUGGCAGCAGCGGUGACAGAGCUGCCGGCAGCAGCGGUGCAACAGCGCGGGCAGAGUUCCGGAGGGAAGUGAUGGCGAUGGUGUCGUGUGGGCAGCGGUGCCCGCAGCUGCUGCGCUUCUACGGCGUGUGUGUGGACGUGCGGCGCCGCAUGUGCAUCGUCACCAAGCUCAUGCCGGGCGGCACUCUGCACGACCUGCUGAGGAGGCGCAACGGCGUGGGCCUGCCGCUGCCGCAGCUGCUGCGCGUGGCGAUGGACAUUGCGUUGGGGAUGCGCUUCCUGCACCGCCAUGGGAUCACACCGCUUCCGCUUCCCCACUCUCUCCACUUCCCCUAUCCUCCUUCCUCUCCACUCACACAUCACCCAGUCCUACAACCAACCCUGCUAUCUUCCACUCCCCUAACCCCUCUCCCUUUCUCCAGCGAUCUCAAGACGGCCAAUGUGUUACUGGACGAGCACGGGCGGGCAGUGGUGGGGGACUUUGGAGUGGCGCGGCUGGUGGGAGACGGAGCGGAGAUGACCAAGGAGGUGGGCACAUACCGCUGGAUGGCCCCGGAGGCCUUCGGCACCACGGGGCACUGGUCCGUCACCCCUCGCAGCGACGUCUACAGCUUCGGGAUUGUUCUAUGGGAGCUGCUGACUGCGCGGUUACCCUACGAGGGUUACUCGCCGCUGCAGGCUGCAGUGGCGGUGGCGCUGAAUGGGCUGCGGCCGGCGAUACCAGCGGGGUGCCCUGAGGGGCUCAGGCGGCUGAUUGAGGCGUGCUGGGCCAGGGACCCUGCAGAGAGGCCUGACUCAGAGGAUGUGGUGCGCGUGGUGCGAGGAUUGAGACGGGAGUUGCUGGGGGAAGAGAGUGUGGAGGACGAGGAGGAGACUAGUGGGGGGGAUGGGGAGCAGGUUGUGAGUGGUAGGGAAUGA